AUCAGGAGUUUAAUAAUCUAUCCUCCAUAUGUUAUAAUGGGGAAAAUAAAUUUUUUAAAUAUUUUUAUCUUAAUCUUAAUUGAUUUCCAAAGUAUAAUAUGCCUUAAAAAUGGAUUGGCCUUAACUCCACCUAUGGGUUGGAUGACCUGGGAAAGAUUUAGAUGUUCAAUUGAUUGCUCAAUAUUUAAAGAUAAUUGCUUAAAUGAAAAUUUGAUUAUGAGCAUGGCCAAUCAAUUGGUCAAGUUAGGCUUUAAAGAUGUUGGAUAUGAAUAUUUAAUUAUUGAUGAUUGCUGGUCUUCUAAAGAAAGAGAUUCCAAUGGGGAAUUACAAGCUGAUCCUAUUAGAUUUCCUAAUGGUAUCAAAUAUAUAGCAGAUUACAUACACAGCAAAGGGCUUAAGUUUGGUAUUUACUCAGAUUUUGGUAUCAGUACAUGUCAAAAAUAUCCUGGAAGUGAGUUUUAUAUAAAAACAGAUGCUGAAACUUUUGCAAAAUGGAAUGUUGACUAUGUAAAAAUGGAUGGAUGUUAUGCUGAUCCAGGACAAAUGAAUGAUGGUUAUCCAGAGUUUUCAAAAUGGCUAAACAAAACUGGCAGGCCCAUUGUAUUUUCAUGUAGUUGGCCUGAUUACCAAAGUGACAGUGCUAGGGCAAACUACUCUUUCAUAUCAAAUUACUGUAAUUUAUGGAGAAAUUAUGCUGAUAUUCAAGAUUCCUGGAAUAGUGUACAAUCAAUAAUCAAAUUUUAUGGUGAUAAUCAAGACACCCUAAUACCAGCAGCAGGUCCAGGUCAAUGGAAUGACCCUGAUAUGUUAAUAAUAGGUGAUUUUGGACUGAGUUAUGAGCAAUCCAAAACUCAAAUGGCCUUUUGGUGUUUGCUCUCAGCCCCGCUAAUCAUGUCAAAUGAUUUGAGGCGUUUGGAUGAUAAAUUGCUCAAGAUUUUGUUGAAUCCUAUAGCCAUAGGGAUAAAUCAAGAUCCUCUAGGAUUACAAGGAGCCAGAAUGCUUCAGGAUCAUAAUCUGGAAGUAUGGCUAAAACCAAUUAAACCAUUAUCUCCAACCAAUAAUUACUUAGACCAUGUUGCUAUCAUAAUUUAUAAUUCUGGAGAUAGUGGUGCUUUAAGGUCUUACAUUUUUAGUCCUAAACAUUUCCGAUUAGAUAGGCCGAAUGGAUAUCGAAUGCUCAACAUUUUCGAAGAUAGUAAUCGUUAUAUUGCCUUAAACCCCUACACUGGUGCUAUCAAUCAAAACAAAUUUAAACUAGACCAUGAUUAUCAAAUUCUAUUUCCCGAUAGCAACGUAACAUUUUUUUUGCCGCCUGGCGGAGUCACUUUUAUAACACUUCAUGCGAUUACCACCAAAGAAUUUUUGUCAAAUAUUGUAUUUAAAUUUAUUUCAUCUGGCAUAAAUCAAUAAAAAUUUAAUUUAUAUAUAUAUUUUUUAUAUAUAUUUAUAUUUAUAUAGUAGUGCAAACAAAUUUCAAUAUAUAAUUAU